AAAGCAAAUGAAGCGGACGAGGGGAACUCUCCGGGACAAACAAGCAAAGGGGAAGGGGUAGCUAUCCUUCGAACUCGCCCCGUGUUGGAAUCUUGUACAGAGUUCGAUUCCCGGCGGUGCAAUUGCCAUGGACGAGCAGUUUAUCCUCCGCGUGCCCCCAUCCGUGGCGGAGCAGAUCGAGCGUCUUAUGAACGAAUCUGCCGCCGGCUCAUCCUCCAACCCCGACGACGCCUCCCUCGACCUCUCCUUCUCAGAGGAUGGAAGGAGUGGCACAUUUAUGAUUGGAAACCAGAGGUUUCCUGCAUCUCUCUUGGAUCUUCCAACCGUUGUGGAGUCAUAUAAGACAUAUGAUGAUUCCUUUUUAGUUAAAACUGCUGAUAUUGGUCAGGUAAAAGCGAAGAUUUGUGUAUAUGUCUUGUUAAUUUGUAGGCCUCGUAAUCAUUUUAAACUGGAACAGAUGGUAAUGGUAAGAGAAGAAAAUGAUCCUGCUCCAGAAGGAGCUGAAUACAAGCAUGGACUUACCCCUCCCAUGAGGGAUGCACGCAGGCGACGUUUUCGCAGAGAGCCCGACUUGAAUGCAGAGCUUGUUCACCGAGUUGAGAAGGAUCUUAUAAGUAUUAUGCAAGGAGUGCCUGUCAACCAGAAUGCUAGUGUAGCUGGAGGCGGUGAAGGUGGUGAUCGCAAGAAAGCUGCACCAGCUCUUGCACCCAAGCGUAACGUUCAAGAGCCUGCUGCAAAUGGCGAAGAAGCUGAGGCUGAUCGGAGCGACUCUGACGAGUCAGACAGCUGAAGUGGACCAGAAUACCAGAAUAGACACUGCAGCUUCAGUUGGCCGAGCAAACCCAGUGUAUGUAUUAGGCGAUUCAGAUCAAAGAAUGCGCACUUUUACCAAGCAAGCGCGCUUGUUGUCUCCUACUGUACUGAUCAUCAUCUCAUCAGUAAUAAUAAGAGUGCGACGACUUUCCAUUA